AUGACUUCAUCUCCCCAGGAAGUGCCGCUGCACUCCAUCGAGAGGACACCUGAAUAUGAAGACUUCAUGACCAAGCUCAGGGAUUACCACACCCUACGAGGCACGACGCUAGACCCAGAACCCAAGGUUGGAAUGAUCCAUUUGGAUCUGUUCAAGGUCUUCAAUCAUAUUGUCGCGAACGGUGGAUACGACAAGGUAUCAGAAGAGAAGCUGGCAUGGCGUCGAAUGGCAGCAGAGCUUGGCCUUCAUUCCAAUAACGAGGCAUCAACGGCUUUUGCUCUCAAGGAGAAGUUCUACAAGAACCUGGCAGCAUACGAGAUCAAAACAGUCCACGGAAAGGAACCGCCGCCAAAAGAUAUCCUUGAAGAUGUCACUGCUAAGGGUGCGAGCCUCCUGACACGGACGAGAGAAAACUUCCGCGGCAAGAGAGAGAGCAAUGUCGGGGCCACAGACAGCCCUGCCUCUGGUGAUGAUGGCACCCCGACGCGUGAACGACCGGCACCAGAUCCUGUCUCAAGCGCUCGAGCUUCGCGCGGCCUUCGCGAGGCGCCUCCGCAAAGAGUCAUUUUCCAGCCCGAUACAGGCCCAGCCCGAGCCACAAGACAGGCGUCAAACCAACAGGGCAACAAUUCAGCCUCCCCAGCCCUGAACCACGGCCAGCAAGCCCCCGCCCACCAUUCAGCCGUCCAUCCCAUGCCGCCAAUGGCAAUUCACAACAACUCAAGAGGUCCCUCAAUCUUACACCAUCCCCCCAACUCUGAAAACACAUCACACCUAGUCACUUCCUAUCAACCGAAGCCGAUGAAACCACUCCAACUACGUCCCGUAGCAACUCCAAGCAAUGCGCCAAGCGAAUUCUUUAAAGCAAGGCUACCGCACCGCUUCGCUCUGGAUCCUGCCAACAGACAGCCCAUGCAGCCUGGUACUUUUGCGCUCAACCACUUGGUGAAGAUAUCAUUUGAACGAGGUGAUAAGUACAAGUUUGACUCUUUCCCGGGACUGGCCGAGGGGCUUGUUGAGAAGGCACUGCAGAUAGGCAGCCUCUUCUACUACGUCGACUGGACUGUGUCUUGGGACUCCUUUGCCGAAUCAAAUGACGUUGGCUGUUUGGAUGGCAACUACGGCACACCAGAUAUCCUAGAGAGAAUCGAAAACUUGAUUGAGCGAGAGAUACCAGACGUUAUCCAGACCGAAAAAUUUGCCGAUGAGAUGGUCUUGACAACUGAGGCGAUACUUACCAUCAGAAACAUGGUGACGCUGCCUGAAAAUGCGCACAACAUGUCGGAUUUUCACCCAGUGAAAGACUUGAUAUGCAUUCUUUUGCAUCUGCCCGCGAGAGAUUCCCUUACGGAAGUCAAGCAACUUGCUCUUGAUAUUGCGGAGCAGCUGACCCCCUUUAUGAUUCUGGAAUCUGACGAUCCCUUAUACAAGAGCCUUUUAUCUCAGCUAGCAUCCGAAGACCGAGGAACCAUUUUGACAGCACUUCGUGCACUUGGUAGGAUUUCUGUGAACCUAGAGGCUACAAACAAGCUGGGUGAAGUUCCAAGCCCGGUGCUUCAGCGGAUCGUGAACUGGCUUCUGCUGAACGAUGAUGAGCUCAUUGAUGCUUGUCUCGACUUUCUGUAUCAAUACACUGCAGUUGUGCCGAACCUUGACAACCUAGUACGGUCCAUCGUGCCCGACAACUUGGUCCAGCAACUUAUUCGCCUGUUGGCUCACGGUGCUCGCAAAUAUACCAGGGACUACACAAUUGAGCAGGAGCAGAGGCUGCCAGCCAAAGACGACAUCGCUCCAAUGCCCGAUGACCUCUUGCAAGAAAUGCUCAGACUAGAAGAGCCUGAUCGAGUCCACCAGUGGGUCAAGUGCUUCUUUGAGGAAGACAACCGGUCCUUUAUCACCCAGCUCGCCGCCUGGCAGGCUUACCAGUCGGCAUUCGCCACCCCAUUGAAGACAAUUAAUCAACCAAUGAUCACACCUGCCGAUUUCAUCAGGAACAGCACGUCUGUCUACAAGGACUCCAACGCCCAAGUGCUCCGAGAGCCUGGUGACCCGCAACAAAAGUUUAUCAUCCACGGUAUUCGCGCACGACCAAGGCCCCUCGCUUUUGAUGGUUCCGAAUAUGGCCGCUGUUUGUGGGCUACGAACAAUGACAAAAAGAACGAGAAAUGCGGCCAUUUCUAUCUAAAGCAGGAGGAGAUGUGGAACCACAUUCUCAACGCCCACCUGAACGAACAGAGGGGCGCCAACGGCCAGUACACUAAUGCCGAGAAGGAAUUCCAGUGCACAUGGGGCGAGUGUACCAAGUACGAAAAGCCGAUCAAGAUGAACCUGCAGAGCUUUGCGCGGCACAUCACUACCCACAUCUCCACGAUGAUCCCUGGCCCGAAUGCCGUGCAUAGGCACCAGCGGAGCCAGUGGAUCGUCCCGGCAAAGACGAUGAGCAUCGUGCUGGAAGAGACGCCAACCUUCCGAGAUGAGCGGACGCCCGACGCCCCUCCCCAGGCUGGCGGUAUCCCGCUAAGCGCCGUGCUGGUGCUCCGUAACAUUGCCCGCAAUGUGGUCAAGACGGAGGCUGAGGAGGAGCUUCUCAAGGAACAGUCUAGGACUCCUGAGAAGGGAGGAUGGAACGAGAAGCUCUUCCGGCCGCAUUUAUCACAGCUAUAUGGCAUUUUGGCGGAGAAUCUUGCCAUGAGUCCAUAUAUUGCGUCCCUGCUGGAGCUAAUCAUACCGGUGCCUGAACGCGAUUAGAGAGCCGCAAAACCGCUAUAAUCAAAGCUCGCAGCAUUAUGAUGC